AAUUUCCAAAACUAAAUUCUAGUAAAAAAUGAAUAGCCUAAAUCUUCUAAGAACUGCUAUCCUCAAGCCGUCUUUGAAGUGUAUUCCUACCACCAAUUUGGUUACCAAAAGGUUCAGAAAACCUUCAGUAUGUGCAUACUUGGACUAUCCUGAUAGGAGACCGUGUUUCAACAUCUGCAACACGAAGGUAAUGCGCGGAGAUCAAUCGACAGGACCCCUCAUCACCCACUUCCUAUACGAACACUACUGGUCCCGGGAACCUAGCGUCUGUUCCUUGUGGAUGCACCUGGAUAAUGACUACAUUAGGGUCAUGACCGACAAGUUCGCUUAUACUGGCGAUCGAUUCUUAGCGAUGAGGCAAACGGAGCGAACAGGAGAAUGCAAACUAAUUGGCGUUCUCGUCGCCAAUAAGAUCUUUCCCUGGGAGCCGAGGGAGAUGGAGGAAUGGGGUGAUGCCACCCCCUCGGUGCCAGAGCGGAACCGCAUGUACUUCUACUCCCACUGUUACAACAAGUCCAACUUGUGGAAGAAAUACAAUGUGGAUUAUAUUUACGAGAUCGAGGUGUUAACAACAACUUUAGAUGUGACGAGUCAGGGUGUAGCGACGUUGUUAUUGAAGUACGCCCUUAAGGAAGCCCUGCUGUUGCGGCACCCGCUCAUACAGCUCAUCUGUACUAAUUCUUACGUUGAAAGAGUAUGUGAGCGCUGCGGAAUGACGAAGGAGUGGUCGAUGAAAUACGCCGACUUUGUGGACAGCUUCGGUCAGAGCAUAUUCUACCCUCGCGCCCCUCAUCUUGACUGCACUAUUUACAUUAAGAAGUUUGACCAGAAGGAAGCGGCCGCUUUGCCGUGCUUACCAGAAGUAUGGUAAAGGAAGUCGAAAAUAGCGAGCGAAUCUACCAUCAUCGCUCACACUGUUUACACACCUCACACAUCGGUGGACCUUAUGUAUUUCGUUAAGGUCCACCAAUGUACAGCAGUUAGGAGUGUUUCUAUUUGUACCAGCUCGUCGAAGGCUGGUCUUCUUGCGUGAGGAAGAUUUGAGGCGCCAUUUUGUUUCUUCAUUCUCGUUUGACGUUAUGAUGUGUUCAGUUCAGUGAUAAUGACGAUGAGUAUUUUUUUCAAAUAAGGAAUAUAUAUAAAAAAAUAUAUUGUAUUGGCUU